UGGGGUCUGGUGGCAGGGCUUGCUGGUGGGCGGUGGGGCAGAAGGUGCAGUGCAGAGGGUUAGUAGUGAGGUGGGGUGGGUUGCCUCAGUGCCCAGCAUGACGACUCUAUAUCCGGAGGACCAUCCCGGACCCUCAGGGUUGCUGGCACAUAGGAUCCAGCUUCCAUGAACACCGGCAUCCAGUGGCUCCAGGAAUCGGCAGCUGAAGCACUGAGGAACCUUUCCUGAGGUCGCAGAGCCACGGAGGACCAGGCUGAGCCAGGAGACAAGGUGGGACGCCCGACCUGGAUGUGUUCCCAGGGCUCUCCCAUACUGGACGGGUCCCCUCAGCCUCCAGUCCCAGAUCCUUGGGCUCGGCUGGCACACCACCAGGGCCCCAUCAUUUCAUCCUUUGGGUUCUGCAUGGACAGACUGCCCGCCCAGCAGGGGAGACCCUUGGGAGGCAGGAGCCCACCCCCAAAGCAGAGCCCCAGGGUCCCCGGUGCCCACUUCCCACAAUCACCACUGCAGGCUGCCAUUCCCCUGAGCAGUGUCAGCACGCCUCUGGGCACCAGGAGUGUGCAGUGCCCAUUGGAGGAGGCCCAGCAGGAGCUGAGAAAAGCCCAGUGCCUGGAGGGGACACAGCUCUCACCCCAGGCCAUGCCAGUCCCACUGGAGAGUGAGUCCCACACCCAUAGCUCCAGCAGCCGUGGGGAUGAGGCCGCAGGGGAUGCCAGGGCCUCUCUCCAAGAUGCGCUGCGCAGGAAGGAGAUCCAACUGGUGACCUUCCUGCUCCUCAAGUACCGCGCCAUGGAGCCGACUAUGAAGGCAGAGAUGCUGGAGCUGGUCGCCCAGGAUCACCAGGACCCCUUCCCUGACAUCUUCAGCAAAGCCUCCAGGGAUUUGCAGCUGGUCUUUGGCAUGGAUGUGAAGGAAGUGGACCCCAGUGGCCACUCCUAUGUCCUGGUCCCCACCCUGGGCCUCACCUGGGAUGGGGUGACCGAAGAGCAGCGCCUCCCCAAGACCAGCCUCCUGGCACUGCUCCUGGGUGUGAUCCUCCUGCAUGGUGGCCAGGUCCCUGAGGAGGAAGUGUGGGAAAUGCUUAGUGCCAGGGGGGUGUACUCCGGGAGGGAGCACUGCAUCUUCGGGGACCCCAGGGAGCUCAUCACCGGGGUCUGGGUGCAGGAGCAGUACCUGGAGUACCAGCAGGUGCCCGACAGCAAUCCGCUGGCCAUCCGAGUUCACAUCCUUUUACAACAGCAUUGCCUGCCACUCGGACUGGGUCCGCUGCUGUGUGGCCUCCUGCUGCUCCAGAAAGCCCCAGGCUUUUUGCGACCCGAGCUCACAAAUCCUAAUCGGCCUGCCUUUCCCUGGAAGGAAAUCCCUGAAACUGUACACCGUGGGCUUUUGCGGUCUCGUGCCAGCUAUGCUGAACGGAAGCAGGCAAAGCACAGUGGACAGGUCUUGGACCCCGGGACUGUUGCAGACUGGGGACAGCACCCUUCUGUGGAUCCACAUCUGUCAAAAUGGCCUGGAGGCUGUCCUGCGCUGUCCGGGUCCACAGCGGAUGCGCGCGAUGACGGCGGGUCCUCCGGUGGGAACAGGCGCGCCAGAGCGGCUCACGGGUGUGGCUCAUGGGUACUGCACUUUGAAAUCCUUGCAGGCGACUGCACCCCUGACGUGGGAUGCCUGCCGGAGCUGCACAUGGGGCAGGCCCACCGCAGGGACUGGGAGCCCUCCAGGCACUGCACUCCAGAGAGACACACCCGAGGGACGCUCCCUCGGGGUGUUCCUGUGCCGUUGGCCUGUUGGGCAGGACUAGCCCGGGUAGUUGCCCCUUGCAAGGAGGACGGGCCACCUGCCUCCCUCGUCCUCUCCUGGUGCCUGCCCCAGGCGGUGGGAGUGUCAGCUGAGCCGGCUCCAGAAAGCCAUCCCCCUUUUCUGCACCCCUCGCUGGAUCAGCGGCUGCCCCACGUGCUGCUGCGAAUCCGGAUGGACUGCUGGGCCCGGGAGCACACCAACUCAGACCAGGCCGGGGCCCGCCUAGCAGGGUGUCGGGGGGGGGUUCCACUCAGUUCUGACAAGGUCUGCCCGAGACAGCAUCAGACCCCACAGGUCAAAGGAUGGGUCCCACUGCCCACCCAUGCCCGUUGCAGAGGCCAGUCGUGA